GCUAUUCCGAGUCUACUCAAUCGACACUACUGCAACUUCGAUCUACCAAAUUUCUUUUGAUCCACUCACCGGAUAACACCAAGAAAGUUCGCCCUAAUGGCCAGUCAAUCAGCACAAGGCAAUGCUGGACGGCAUAAAGAUCAUGAUGAAAAUGUUUUCCUCUUCGUGCCCAACCUAAUCGGGUACACCCGCGUGGUUCUCGCCGUCACAUCCCUCUAUUACAUGCCCUUGCACCCACGAACAUGUUCGCUAUUAUAUAGUGCCUCUUGUCUCCUUGAUGCCCUAGAUGGAGCUGCAGCCCGGCGAUUAGGGCAAUCAACACGAUUCGGUGCGGUUCUGGAUAUGAUUACAGACCGAUGUACAACAACUUGCCUGCUAGUUUUCUUGGCGAGCGCAUUUCCCAGGUGGAGUAUUGUCUUUCAGGGCUUGAUUAGCUUGGACUAUUCAAGCCACUAUAUCCAUAUGUAUGCGACCUUGGCAAUGGGCGGAAACCGCCAGAGCCACAAGCAGAUCGAUGACAGUCGGCCGUGGGUCAUGCGGACCUACUAUUCUAACACAAAAGUCCUUUUCACAGUGUGUGCGCUGAAUGAGCUCUUCUUUAUUGCGUUAUAUUUACUCUCAUUCUCGUCAUCGCCAUCGUCGGUGAACAACCCGAACUUCACGGCAUCACAAUCCGAUCCUUCAAUGCCCUGGAGCUCCUCUUGGAGUGCUGGGGCAAUGGAGGUGGCUCGUGCAAAUAAAAUAGACGAUUCUGUUCCAUGGUGUCUCCUUCACAUUUCAACGCCAUUUAUGCUCUUCAAGCAAUAUGUGAACAUGAUUCAGUUAACAGAGGCCAGCAAAUGGCUUGUUGAAGGUGAUAUUGAAACAAGAAGGAAUGAACGGCUUGCGCAGAAAAGAGACCAGUGACAACAAUCACACCAAAGUUGAACCUUAUUAUAGCAGAGGGAAUAUAGACACAACAAGGGGUGGCAGAUAUACGGAGGAUGGCCUCAGUCAUUUCGCACUUAUUCAUGGGUCAUUGAAUAAUCGCCCAGUAGAGUAUUCAAUAGAAUGUCGUUAUAUAUAUGGUUCCUUAGUGCAGCGAUCUCCGCGUAGUUUUGAAAGAGCUUAGUGACUUCUGUUUCCCUGCUAUCCCACUCCACUGGUUGACUAAUUCAUUUCAA